AUGGCGGGUAUAUUCCCGGAAUUGCCGGAACCGUUCAAGGCUACGGAGGGGAGGGUGGAGAGGUUGCAACAUGUGGAUGCGAAAGCACAGUUUGCGGAGGAUAUCGAGAGGGCGAGGGAAAGUGCGAGCAAACCUUGGGCCGGAUGGGACGUGCGAGGAUGGAAGUUUCGCAUACGGCCCAAAAAGUAG